ACUUGACAUCCAUACAAAUAAAUAUACCAACCAUGGCAUUUUUUCAAAUCUUAUUCCUUUUAACAAUCCUAGCAACCACCUCCCAUGGCUCAUCAGAGUCGACCAUCCCCCACCAAAUCCAUCUUCUCCGGCCACAAUCCGGUUCCUCUGGCCACCACGUUCCCGGUGCAUCCUGCCUGAGCUGGCGGCUCGGGGUGGAAAUGAACAAUAUAAUUGGAUGGAAAACGGUUCCUGAAAAAUGUGAAGGGUACGUAGGACACUACAUGUUAGGUCACCAAUACAGAAAAGACUCGAAGGCCGUCAUCGAGGAGGCCUUUCGUUACGUCGAAAGCUUAAAGCUCGACGGAGACGGGAAGGAUGUUUGGGUUUUUGACAUUGAUGAGACUACACUCUCUAAUCUACCUUACUAUGCUCACCAUGGAUUUGGGAUGGAAGUUUUCAACGCCACAAUGUUCAACAAAUGGGUUCUGACAGGCAAAGCUCCAGCCCUGCCAGAAUCUCUGAGCUUUUACAAGAAACUAGUUUCACUUGGGAUUAAGAUUGUCUUCAUAACUGGAAGAGCUGAAGACCAAAGAAUUGUCACCACAAACAAUCUCAAGAAAGCUGGUUACCGCCAUUUUAUGAAGCUUAUACUCAAGGCACCAUUGUACACAGGUAAGACAGCAGUGAUGUACAAAUCAAAUGAAAGGGCAAAACUUGAGAGCAAAGGAUACAGAGUGAUUGGGAACAUGGGAGAUCAAUGGAGUGAUAUCUUAGGCACAAAUACUGGCAAUCGUACAUUCAAAUUACCUGAUCCCAUGUACUACAUUAGUUAAAUUAUUAAUCUCAUUAGUUUAUGUAGUAAAUUAUGGGACAUGUUAUUUUCAAGUUUUUUUUUUGAUAACCGGGGAGGAGGAGUGUUUGUGAGAAAAUUGCCGCUCUACGCUUAUAGCAUUUGAGUUAAAAUUUAUUGGUCCAACUUAUUUAUUUUCAA